AUGACUCACCAGCUAGAUCACAAUUCCUUAUGUAAACACGUGAGCAUUUAUGCAGCAGGGGCAGUAUUCUACAAUUGCGGCUACGUGGGUGUCAGUUUGAUUCUUACCCUAAUACUGUCUGAUUUCUCCACUUUGAAAUGGAGGAUUUUCUAUCAGUAUUCAUCAUACUGGCCCUAUAUUAUAAUACCAUGGGUUUCAGGUAAUAUCAUCACAGCAGCAAAACCUGAAAAAAACUGGACAUGGGAUAUUGCUAUGUGGGCUUUUAUUUUUCCAUUAUCGUCCCUUCCACUUUAUUGUCUCAUUAUCUACCUGAAAAUGAAGUCAGUGAAAACACCUGAAUGGAAAGCUCUCAAAGAACGGGCACACUCAGUCAAAAGAGGAUUUUUUAAGAAUAUCAUCUUUUUGUUCUGGGAACUUGAUGUUAUUGGUAUAGUACUGAUAACAGUGUCUACCGGAUGCAUACUGGUCCCAUUAACACUUGCUGCUGGAGCAUCUGAAAAGUGGCGUAGUUCAAAAAUCAUUGAUACUUUGGUAUCUGGGGGGGUUUUGUUUCUUAUCUCCAUGUUUUGGGAGGCUUCAUAUGCUCACAACCCUCUUCUACCUUUUAAAUUACUAAAAGAUCGUGGGAUAUGGGCACCUCUGGGUGUUGCCUUCUUCAACUACUUCACUUUUUAUAUUGCAUGCGAUUUUUUAUAUCCAGUUUUGCUUGUCUCUAUGAAUGAAUCUUCAACAUCAGCUGCUAGAAUACUUAACUUACCAGACUUCGUUGCAUCGACUGCAUCUCCCUUCUAUAGUUUACUGAUUGCAAAAUCAAAAAGGUUGAAGAUUUCUGUCAUUGUAGGUUGUGCUACAUGGAUGUUAUCUAUGGGGCUUUUCUACCAGUUUAGAGGGGGAUAUGGAUCUCACGGAGGUGUUAUUUCUGCAUCUGUUAUCAUGGGAUUUAGUGGUCUUCUAUGUAGCAAUUCAGUUAUUGUAUUACUGCAAGCUAUGACUACCCAUAGCAGGAUGGCUGUAAUGACUGGAAUUCACUAUACAUUUUCGCGAAUCGGUGCAGCCGUGGGUGCUUCCGUGUCAGGAGGGGUAUGGACUCAAACCAUGCCUAGUCGACUUUAUAAGCUUCUUGGAAACGAUACGUUGGCAGCUGAAGCGUAUGAAUCGCCAUAUUCAUUCAUUGACUCCUAUCCAUGGGGAACAGUCGAGCGGUACGCUGUUGUUGAAGCAUACAAAUAUGUACAAAGGAUAAUGAUGAUAGUCGGUUUGAUAUGUACAAUACCGUUGUUUGCAUUUUCACUAUUCAUGAGAGAUCCUGAAUUAAUAGACAAGGUUACACACGAAGAUUUUACCGAAGACGGGUUGGCUGUCCCAACGGAUGAUGUUGGCAUUAUUUCUCGACUUCAAGCAUUCUUUAAGAAUAGUCGGCAUGAUAAGAAAGCAGCUCUAUAA